AUGUCGGGUGGCUCACCACACGGGUCUGAGAAGAAAGUAGAGCAGAUACAUGCCGCACCUGGAACAGAAAUACUGUUCGAUGGUAGCGACAAUGGAAGUAUUUCUGAGCGGCUUCACCAGAUGAAGCAUCGUGAAUCAGGGGAUGGCCGCAUGUUAUUGGUCCCGCAACCUUCGAUAAACGAUCCAAAUGAUCCCUUGAACUGGUCCACUACGAAGAAAAGCUUGACUUUCUUCAAUGGUUGCUGGUUCGCGUUUAUGGGUGCUAUCACAGGUCCUAUCAUGGCAGCUGGCAUGAUACAGCUAUCCGCCACCUUCGGCAAGUCCCUCCAGGAACUGACAUAUGCAAACGGAGCUUGCUUGGUCAACCAGGGUGUAUGGAACUUUGUUUGGAUGCCGUUUGCCGUCAAGUAUGGCCGCCGUCCCGUCUACAUAUUCUCGAACUUUCUCAUGGCAAUCGCCUGUGUCUGGUUGGCCGUUGCAUCCACUAAGACCUACACUUCUUUUCUAGUUGGACGCGCUUUCCUAGGCGCUUUCCAAGCGCCCAUUGAGUCAAUUGUUCCAUCCACAGUGACCGAUAUGUUCUUCUUGCAUAACCGUGGAGAGCUCAUCGCCAUCUACGGACUGUCUGUCCUGGGAGGUAAUGAGCUGGGGCCUAUGUUCUCUGGAUUUAUCGUGCAGGCACUUGGCAUGGACUGGGCGUUCUGGAUUGUGGCCAUGUUUGUCGGUGCUAGUCUGAUCUCCAUGUUCUUCUUGAUGCCAGAGACCAAGUUCUGCGGACCCCGCCCCGAUCCAUUCCAAGCCACCACAGCCAACGCGGAUAAAGACCAGGUGUUAGUUCAGGAAUCAAGUACAGUUCCCAAAAAGACCUUCGUGCAAGAACUCAAGUUCUGGAACAGCGGAGAUCCAGACGUGAAUCUCCUUCACGUCUUCCUCCGCCCAUUCGUCCUCUUUGCCUAUCCCACCGUCCUCUGGUCAUGCUGCAUUUAUGGAAUGGCUCUUAGCUGGAACGUCAUCCUCGGCGCAUCAGUAGCGCAGCUCUUUGCACCACCUCCGUACAAAUUCAAUUCCAUUGGCCAGGGUCUCUUCUUCUUGUCGCCCUUCAUUGGAUCCCUUUUCGGUGUUUUUUUCUCUGGUCCAGGAGGUGAUUGGAUUGCAACCUUCUUCACCAAGCGCAAUAACGGUGUUCGUGAGCCCGAGAUGCGACUACCAACCUGCUUAUUGGCAGCGUUCCUCACGUUCUUUGGUGCGCUUUGGUUUGGACUUUCCUAUGAGCACCAAAUGCACUGGGCAAUGCCUGUUGUGGGGGCUGGUAUUCUCUCGGUAGGAAGUCAAAUGGGAACCACGCUCGGAAUGAACUACGCCCUGGAUUGUCACAAGGAGCUUUCCGUCGAGAUUAUGGUCACCAUUGCUGCCUUGAAGAGUUGCAUCGCGUGGAUCUGGACGUGGGUGAUUAAUGACUUCAUGACCUCUAGCGGCGUUUUGAGUGUCUUCAUGACAGUGGCGGCUAUAAACGUCGUGGUGUACUUGAUCUCCAUUCCCUUCUAUCUCAAAGGCAAGGAGAUCCGAAUUUGGUUACACCGGAAAGAUUUUCUCCGGGCGGCUGGUAUCAUCUAG